AUGACGUCUACGGCCAUUCUUGGCUGUUGUGCCCCCUUCACUCUCACGGCGGGGAUCAUAUUAUUUACAUUUGCAGCCUUCAUGCAGCACGGGAACUGGACCUUUGAGGUCCUUUCGGCAAAAGAGGGGUGGUCUUUAGACGAGAAGGCGGCCUGCUGCCGAAAUGCGGCCAUCUUUUACAUUGUUCUCUCGGCUGUGCUGUGGGUGUCUCUUUACCUCAUGCGUUUGUUUGGUAAGGAGGGGCGGAAACAAGAGCAACUCCGGUUUGUCUCAGACGCAAACGGCCGUGUACACAACACCACCAACGACGAUUCUGCUGAUGAUGAUGAUGAUUAUGGGAAAAACGACAGGGCAGGCUGCCGCCGUUAUCAAUCAGUGUCGCCGUUUCUGCGGGAAGGCGCUGUUUUAGCAUCCAAAGAAUGGACGUUGGGAGACAAAGAUGUGAGCCUUCUAAAGGCACAUGCAUAG